AAAUUCUAACCUUUAAAUUCUUGAUCUGUAGAAAACAAUAUAGGUCUAUAUAUAUGUUAUUUUUCUAUUUUUGGAAUAAUUUGAUUUCAUAAACAAAAAGGCCGAUGAAAAAACUUAACAUCCAACUGCACGAAAGUGUGCGCUAUAAAUUCUAUGUCGUUUAAAUAUAUAUUUAAAAUAAUAUGUAACAAAAAGUUCUCUUAAAUAACAGUAUUAAACAAAGUGAUAAUUAGUAAUAAUGUUAUUGCAAUGUUACUUAAGACACUGUGGUACAAAGACGUUACCCAGUUUAUCCAGAAUUCAAGAAUACUCGACUAAUAAUUUUCCCUCGCAAGCUCAAGUUGUAAUAGCCGGCGCUGGAGUGGUAGCUAAUUCAGUGGCAUAUCAUUUGGUUAAAAGUGGUUGGAAAGACGUCGUCGUAGUUGAACAGGAUAAAAUUGGUAGCGGGUCUUCUCAUUUCGGUUCAGGAAUUUUGGGCCUUUUUAAACCAAUAGCUCAUCGAAAUGUCAUUUGGUAUAGCAUCAGUUUGUAUAAAGAGUUACAAAAUAUGGGUUACGAUGUUGGAAUGAGACAGUGUGGAAGCUUAAAUCUUGCCCAAACCAAAGACCGGCUCAUUGCUCUCAAAAGAAGAGUUGCAUAUAAUACUCCAUCAGGUUUAAAUUGUGUAUUUCUUAAUCGUAAAGAAGUACAAGAACUACAUCCUUAUAUUAAAACGGAUGAUAUAGAAGGUGCAGUUUAUGUUCCUGAAGAUGCUGUUAUUGAUCCCAAAUCUAUUUGCGAUGUUUUGGCUUUAUUGGCCCGACAAGGUGGAGCAACCUAUAUUGAAAAUACGACCGUGCAACAAGUUUUUACAAAUAAUUCUUGUGUCUACGGAGUCGAGACUGACAAAGGCGUUAUUAACUGCGAAUACUUUAUAAACUGUGCCGGAAUGUGGGCUAGGGAGUUAGGACUACAAUGUAAUCCGAAAGUUCGUAUUCCAGCUUAUCCAGCUGAGCACUUUUAUGCUGUGACAGGUACAUUAUCACAGAAAAUGAAUGAAACCCUUCCUAUAGUAAGAGACUAUGAUAGCCACACUUACGCAAGAGAGUAUAACAAUGGUUUAAUGAUUGGUUGGUUUGAGCCAGAAGCUAAACCGGCUUUUGAGAAAGGCAAAGUGCCUAAAGACUGGGAAAAACAUAUUAAUGUAGAUUUAAAACAUAUUGAACCCCUUUGGGAAAAUGCAGUGUCUCGUUUUCCUAUUUUAAAAAGUUGUUCCAGUCCCAAAGUCGUCAAUUCUCCUGAUAACUUCACUCCCGAUGGAAGGUGGAUUUUAGGUGAAGCGCCAGAAGUAAAAAAUUACUUUGUGGCAUGUGGAAUGAAUGGCAAUUCACUUCAAGGCGCAGGUGGCAUAGGUAAAGCGGUAGCAGACUGGAUAAUUGAAGGAGAGCCAAAACAAGACUUGCUGCCUUUUAUCCUACAGAGAUUUUUAAAUGUGCAUAAUGGUAGGCAUUAUUUAAAACAAAGAAUCAAAGAAAUUGUAGGCAAGCACUAUUCAAUACUGUAUCCAUUUCAGUGUGAAUAUAAAUACGCAAGGGAAUUAAGAUGUUCUCCAUUAUACAGCGUUUUAGAAACUAGAGGAGCCGUUUUUGGCAUCAAAAUGGCGUACGAACGAGCUUUGUAUUUUGAUUCUACUUAUAAAAGAGGUGAACCAAAACGAGAAAUGCCCCAGGGUACAUUUUUUAAGCCGCACUUCUUUGAUUUCAUGAAGGAGGAAUAUGUUGCGUGCAUAGAAGGAGUUGGAAUUAUAGACAUGUCAUCUUUCUCUAAAGUUGAAAUUAAGUCAUCAGGGAAUGAGGUAGUAGAAUAUCUUCAAAGAAUAUGUUCGAAUGAUAUAGAUAUUCCUGUAGGCUCCAUUGUUCACACUGGUAUGCAGAAUGUUAGAGGUGGUUACGAGAAUGAUUGUAUGCUUGUUAGGCAGUCUCCUAACAGUUAUUUUAUGGUUUCUCCUACAAGUCAGCAAACCAGGGUUUAUGAAUGGAUGAAGAGAAAUUUGCCAUUCAAAGCUGCUGUUCAUUUAAAUGACGUCACUUCAAUGUAUACUGUACUAAAUGUUGUUGGGCCCAAGGCAGUAAAAUUAUUAAGCGAAUUAUCAAAUAGUGACUUAAAUGUUGCUCCCUUUUCCUAUAUGAAAGUCAAUAUAGGAUAUGCAUCAGACGUAAUGGUUAUGUCAUUUACACAUACUGGAGAACCAGGGUAUUGCCUCUACAUCCCAUCUGAAUAUGCCUUGCAUGUAUACUAUAAAUUAAUGUCAGUUGGGAGAGACUAUGGUGUUCGAGACGUUGGUGUUAUGACACAAAGAUUUAUGAGAAUUGAAAGAUUUAUCCCAUUCUGGGCUGAAGAGCUUAGCAGUUUCACCACACCAUUUGAAGCUGGCAAUGGCUGGAGCGUCAAGAUAGAGAAAAAAGAAAAUUUCAUAGGAAAAGCUGCUUUGCAAAGGCAAAAGGAAAAGGGUGUCCAAAAGCAGUUGGUGUUCUUCCAUUUCAAUAAUAUAGAUCCAGAUGUGGACAUAUGGCCUUGGGGUGGAGAGCCUGUGUAUAGGAACAAUGAAUUUGUUGGGACUGUCACAUCUGCUGGAUUUGGAUUUUCAGCGAACAAAUUGAUUGGUUUGGGAUUUAUUAGGAAACCCGCUAAAGAUGGUGAUAAGAUAGUCACAAACGAUUACAUUCUUUCAAAAAAUGCGGUAUAUGAAGUCGAUAUUGCUGGACAUAGGUUUAGUGCUAGUCCAUAUUUACAUGCACCUGCUAUUCCAACAAUAAAUAACGAGAAGAAAAAGUAUAGGCCGACGCCCAUCAAAUAUAAGAGUGAUAUUUCAGUAUAAUUGGUACCUACUGAAAUAACUGAUAAUUUUAUUACUUGAUCUAGUCAAUUGUACUUAUGUUAUUGUAAUUGACCGAGCAAUACAAGAAAAUUGGAAUAAAUAAGAUUUCCUACAAAAUUACCACCAAAAAAUGGGUAAUGUUUUAGUGUCACAACAGGUACUACUUCUUAUCCUUAUUUUUUAUAUAUAAUGUAUUUAUUAAAACUUUCAUACUUAUCGUAACAAAUGUACUAUAAGGUCAAUUUAUACAUAAAUAUAAUAUAUUAUAUUUUUGUACAAUAAUUGUCAUUAAGUGUAUUGUUAUUAUUGUAUAAUAAUAAUUGUCGAUAAGUCAUUAUAAUAAAUUAUUUAUUGUAAUGACUUAUCGCGUAAAGAGAACAUUAUUUAUUUUGAUUUAUGCACUUUUAGUGGCUAUGUGUCCAGAUUUACCUUGAUUUGGUCAUUACAAAUAUAUAACAAAUUAGUAGGAAUACAGAUACAAUACCUAAUAAUAUUACAUUUAUUAGGUUGCAAUAAUACAUGUAUUAGGUUGUAAUAAUACAUUUAUUAGGUUGUAAUAAUACAUUUAUUAUGCAAUAAAUAAAGCAAAAUUCUCCUUUGUGCACAUAUAAAACUUAAGGUUUUUUCUAACACAUCAAUAGAACUUAA